GCAGCCGCCAGAAGUUUGUUGGAUUUGAGGAGUCCAGAGCGCCGACCCGCUCUGUCUGCGUGGACUAUUUCCUUGGAUCUUUGUGGACCCUGAAGUUGCCAAGUGUGUGUGCCUGCUCCAGAAAACAAAGGAAGCCACCAUUGUUUCUCAUUCCGAGUGCAGGGAAAUAUCUCAGCAGAAGCAAACAGUCCAGUCUUCAACACCUACCAGGAUGUCCAAAAGGCUCAGCCCUCAGUUACAGCACAUCACGGAAGAUGCCUGUUGUGAAGCACACCUGGAACCGAUACAGCUGUUCUGUGAUGUUGACCAAAUCACACUCUGCAGCAAAUGCUUCCAGUCCCAGGAGCACAAACAUCACACGGUGUGUGGGAUACAAGAGGCUGCUGAGAAUUACAGGAAGUUAUUCCAGGAAAUAUUGAACACAUCGAGGGAGAAACUUGAAGCAGCUAAAAGCAUAUUGACUGAUGAGCAAGAAAGAAUGGCGAUGAUUCAGGAAGAGGAACAAAAUUUUAAAAAGAUGAUUGAGUCUGAGUAUAGUAUGAGACUCCGGUUGUUGGAUGAAGAGUGUGAGCUGAAUCUCCAGAGACAGCAAGAAUGCACGUCUGACUUGAACUUGAGAGAAGGCCUUCUGAAUCAAGUGAUCCAACUUGCCACAGAGCUAGAGGAGAUGUUCCAGGAAAUGCUGCAGAGACUGAGCCAUGUGGGGAGAGAGAACAUGAAGAAACUGAAGGAGAGUGAAGCAAGGGUUUCUGAACAGAUCUGCAGCCUCCAAAAACUCACCACGGAGCUUGAGAAGAAGUGUGGGGAAGACGCCUUAGUAUUGCUCAAGAAUGCAAAAUACUCUUUAGAAAGGAGCAAGUCACUGCUGCUUGAGCGUCUAGAGCCCGCUCAUAUCAUAGACUUGAGUUUAUGCCACAUAAGAGGAUUCAGCAGCAUGUUCAGAGUACUCCAGAGACAUUUAACGUUGGAUCCGGAAACAGCUCAUCCCUGCCUGGCCUUAUCUGAGGACCUGAGAACUGUGAAACUGAGGCAUGGGCAGCAAGAUAGGGCUGACGACCCAGGAAGAUUGGACUUCAGUGCCAUGGUGCUGGCUGCGGAGAGCUUCACCUCAGGGCGGCACUACUGGGAGGUGGACGUGGAAAAGGCAACCAGGUGGCAAGUGGGCAUAUUCCACGGCUCUGCAGACACGAAGGGCAGCACAGCCAGAGCUUCCGGAGAGAAAGUCUUGCUCACAGGGUCGGUGAUGGGCACGGAGUGGACCCUCUGGGUCUUCCCCCCUCUGAAAAGGCUCUUCCUGAAAAAGAAGUUGGACACAGUUGGGGUUUUCCUUGACUACGAACACGGGCAGAUAUCAUUCUACAAUGUGACCGAGACGUCCCUCAUUUACAGUUUCUCCCAUUGCGCCUUCCAAGGAGCUCUCAGGCCUGUGUUUUCCCUCUGUAUCCCAAACGGAGACACAAGUCCAGACUCCCUCACCAUCUCCCCGCAACACGGUGCUUCUUGUGAUGCUGCUGUUAGCCCUUAAUCUUCUGUGUGCAAACUCCAACACCACAAGAGACCAGAAAGUUGGAGAACAGGACAUUGAAAGAAUUUUUGUAAACUAACCCAAUAAAAAGCGUUCCAGGA